AUGCCAAACGGUGAUGGGUGGACAGUCCGACUCCUUCAUUUGGGAAGCGGGUCACGCUUCCAGACGGGUUGGAGAGAGUUUGUUGGUGACAACCUCUUCAAACAUGGUGACUUUCUAACAUUCACCCUAGUUGAUGUUAGCACAUUCCAUGUCAAGAGAUAUGACAUUCGCACAGGCGUACCUCCAUUAACAGACGGCGAAGAUUAUGAGUACGACCCUAAUGACGACACUCCAUUCACCAACGUCGACACCACAGACGAUCACCAGCCAUCGGCUACCGAAACUGAUUCUUCUGAUGAUUCGGGUUAUGAGGAUGACCAUGAUGCUCUUGACUUGGACGGGUGA